AUGGUCCUCUCGCUACCUGUCCCAAGCUUCUCCAAAUCCCCAACAACGUCAACAUCAACCGCCCCUCCCCUCCGCCCCAACGACAGCAACCAAUCCACCACCAUCAGCGAAGCCCUCCGCAACAACCCCUUCGGAAUCACCUCGCGCUCGCUCCUAAUCCCCCCAUCUGCUCCUACAACCGCAGACCAAAACCGCGAACAAGAAGAACUAAACAACGCCCUAGAAAUCCUCGCCCGGAUCUUCCCAGACGUGAAGAUCGAAGUCUUCCGGGAAUUACUCGUACGGUUUGACGGGCAGAGCCGGCUGCAUGUCUGCGUUGAGCAGCUCUUGCGUCAUAAAAAGGAAUGGGUGGCCGGCCGGUGGAAUGUCCCCGGGGAUGACGCCGAGGCGGCGCCGGUAACUGGGAGCCUGGUGAUUCCGCGGAAUGAACGGUUUCGGACGACUGAAUACAAGCUUGCUGUGAGGACGGUGCUAUUAAAGGAAUUCAGCGGGUUGAGCAAGAGUACGGUUGAUGCGGUUCUGGCGGAAGUGAACUUUUGUUAUGUGCGGGCGAGGCCGACGUUGAGGGAUCUUUCGAAGAGGACGUGGCGGGCGACGUUUAAUAGUCUUUUUCCUUCUUUUAAGAGUAAGAAGGAUAAGGAGGAGAGUCCGUUGGUUGUAUGGCAGCGGCAUGCGAAUGGGGAGGUGGUUCCGACGUUGAAGGAGACGGGGUGUGUGGAGUUGGAUCGGGAGUUGCAUGAUGCUUUGCUGGCGCCGUUGCUGAGCGCGAAGAAAGUGGAGUGUGAGGAUCGGGAUCGCAGGUUGGCGGAGGAGUUGAAUGAGGAAGAGGCGAAGGCCGCUGCUGCGCUUUACGAAUGCGAGUGUUGUUUAUCUGAUGUGACGUUCGAGCAGAUCUCGACUUGUUCGGAAAGCAUGCAUAUCAUCUGCUAUGGUUGUAUCCGGCGGACGAUCCAGGAAGCGCUGUUUGGUCAGGGCUGGGGGAAGUCUGUCGACGUGGAGCGGUCGACCCUGAAGUGUUUGACCCCGUUCGCCCAUGAUGGCUGUAAUGGGAGCUUGCAUCCGGAGGUUGUUAAACGAGCUAUCCUCCUUGACAAGGGCGGAUCUGAGACCUAUGUUAAGUUUGAGGGUCGGCUGGCCUCAGAGGCUCUUCUCAAGUCGCAGCUGAAGCUCAUUCGCUGUCCCUUUUGCUCGUACGCGGAGGUUGACUCGGUUUAUCAUCCCUCGGCGAAGGGGAUCACCUGGCGCUUUCGUCGGGAUGGGAUCAUCUCUACAAUUAUACUUACCGUCAUGCUCCUAGACAUGAUACCCUUGCUCGUCAUUCCCGUGAUCAUUCUCUACAUUCUAGACCCAUCCGCCGUUCAGAACUUCCUGCACAACUCGUUCCUAAACCUGUGUCUUAAGGUGCGGCCGAAGAGGUUCACCUGCGCAAACCCAUUAUGCCAACGGGUCAGUUGCAUAACAUGCCAAAAACCAUGGCGUGACCCACACGUCUGCUUUGAGCCACUCUUACUCGACCUACGAGCUACAGUUGAGGCCGCCCGCACAGCUGCAGUGAAACGCACCUGUCCCCGCUGCGGCCUAUCCUUCGUCAAAUCUUCUGGCUGCAACAAAUUAACCUGCGUCUGUGGAUACUCCAUGUGUUACCUCUGCCGCAAGGGCCUCAGCCCUCCAUCCAAAGCCACGCAACGAUUUCGCCCCAGACAACGUCAACAAGAAAAUAUCAACCCAGCAAACGCAGCAGAGAACGACGACCAAAACCUAGACGACGAGGAAUUCGAUGAACCAGAGGGCUACAAGCAUUUCUGCGAACAUUUCCGCAUCAACCCGGGAGCUCACUGUACCGAGUGCAACAAAUGCGAACUGUAUCAAGAUGAAGACGAAGAGGCUGUCGCACGUCGAGCGGGUGAGAAAGCCGAACGCGAAUGGCGCAUGCGGCAAGGCAUGGCAAGCCUCGGAGUCCGGUCUUUGCAGGUCAACAGGUCCUUCUCACGACCGAACAAGUCAGCCGGCGAUAUAUCAUUGUCGGGUCAAGGGAAGGGCCUGAACUACUGGCUGGAUGAAGUGUGGCGGGAGGGUCGGUGGAAGAUGGAAGGACAGGCCUUUGUGGAUUGGGUGGUAGAACGGGUGGUUGUUAUUGACGAGAUUUGA